AUGAUCAACUAUGCCGUAUUCUUGGCCCUUAUAAGUUUUGUGGCUUUGGCCGAAUGUUCGGUGCAGAAGUAUUUUUUCACAAAGAUCAUUGGUGAUCUUUUCGUCAACUCAAAAACAACCGUGCAGGACAAAUCAUUUGUGGAGAUAAGCGCCAUAGACGACAUUUGGGAUUUCUUGGAUGAUGAAUUUCUGACUAGUCUCUAUCAAACGGAUGCACCUACAACGGAUCAAAACGCUAUGGUGUACUAUAACAACAAGCUGCUUGGUAGUCCUCGUAUUCGCAUGCUUAAGGUCAAAAACACUUCCUGUACUGUAGCGAAAAGUUUCUCUCGUGAGAUUAUUGAGUGCUUCAGCAACUAUAAUCCUGCCGUUGAAGACAAGCAACGAUUUGGUCCAGCAAAUUCAGAGCCGUGA